AACGAUCCUCUCCCGAACCAGGUUCAGGAUGACUAUCAGCCACAGCCGCUGCAGGUAGACGGAGAAGACGAAUGGGAGGUAGAGGACAUUAUAGCAGAAGAGGUACGCCGCCGUAGGAGAGGGCGUAAGCUAUACUACGAGGUGAAGUGGAAAGGGUUCCACCGAACGACGCUCGAACCAGCGGAGCUACUAGAGGACGCUGAGGCAGUAGAUCGUUGGGAAGCGUUCACAGAGACCAAACGAGACAGCGAGGGCCGCCUCCCGGAAGGGUUUCGGAGAGGCGAUGCGGUAUCACCCUAA